AUUUGUACAAAAGUUUAUGUAAAAUUAUAGUAAUUAAAAUAGUAAGAGCAGUAAACACCAAAAAUGAAAAAUGCAUCAAAAUAAUAAGAGCAGUGAAUGAGCGGAGACCGGGACAUGGCCGCUCCUGGAAAGUGCUUGCUGGUCACUGGCCCUCCUGGUGUGGGUAAAACCACUCUAAUUAUGCGAGUUUUUGAGAGCCUCAAAACCUCUAACCCAAACUUGAAGAUUCAGGGUUUCUACACUCGUGAGAUUAGGGAAGAAAGUGAAAGGGUUGGCUUCGAAGUUGUCACUUUGGACGGUCAAAAAGCUCCGCUCGCCUCAACCACCGUUUCUACCCCAGAGUCUUUCAGAUGGCCUACUGUUGGGAAAUAUAAAGUUGACUUAGCAUCAUUUGAGUCAUUGGCAUUACCUGAGUUGCAGGUCAAAGAAGAUGCUGAUCUCUUCAUCAUUGAUGAAGUUGGAAAAAUGGAGUUGUAUAGUUCAUCAUUCUUCCCUGCUGUUCUAAAAGUUCUAGAGUCAAAUGUCCCAGUUUUGGCUUCUAUCCCGAUUCCAAAAUUUGGGCGUGAUAUACCUGGAGUUGCAAGGUUGAGGAACCAUCCAGGGGCUACCAUUUUCACCUUAAGCCCAAGUAACAGGGAUGCUGUUAAAGAACUGAUCUAUAAGCAGUUGGUAGAUUCACUGCAGAAGCAUUAGAUGCUGCAUCCAUUGUGAAACUUGAAAGUCUAGUUGGAAGGGCUUGUGGAACAAAUAUCUUCAAGGUGUUCUUCUGAUGGGAUAACUUUUCUUGUUUACUUUGAUCUUGUCAUCUCAUGUUGUUACAACCUUGCUGAAGUGGAUGAAGAGUUCAAAUUAUAUUAUUUUUCAAGUGUUUUGGCAUAACUAUUCACAAAAAGAGACCAUAAAUCUUUCGCUCUGUCUCUCUUUCUAUGUAUACAUGCUUGCUAUAAUGUAGUUUCUCUGGGUAAUUCUGGCUUGAGUGAGUGAUUCCUUCAA